CAUUUUCCCCAAGAAGAAUGUUUAUUGAAUAGUUUUAGAGAAAAUAUUGCGAGAUUUCAGCACAAUUUCCCUAUAAAAAUGAGAAAAAACACUGUCUUUGUUCCAAAACUCACACGCUGUUAUACCAAUUUGACACUGUGAUACAGAGUGAUGCACUUUUAGCACUGCAGUGCUAAAAGUCAGCUGAUAAGGCCAUUAGUCCGUAAACAAGCCGAUCGUCGUCAGUUUUCUUUGUGUUUUUCACUGUGAAAAGUCCACGAUUCAGCGUUUCCUCCUGCUCAAAUGGCCUGGUCAAAGUAUCAACUCAUUCUGGCCGUCACAAUGGUGGUCACGGGAUCCAUAAACACGCUCAGCACGAAAUGGGCGGACAAUCUAGAGUCACAGGGCGCGGACGGGAACGUGAGGGCGUUCUCGCAUCCCUUUGUACAGGCGUGCGCCAUGUUCCUGGGCGAGAUGCUGUGUUUACUGGCCUUUAAGAUGCUCUACUACAACCUCAGGCGGCGCCGCGACGGCUCUGAAGACACACACGAGCUCACGAAGGGCAACAGGGACUUCAAUCCUUUUAUUCUCUUCGUGCCCGCCAUGUGUGACAUGAUCGCCACGUCUAUCAUGUACAUUGGGCUCAAUCUCACCUACGCAUCCAGCUUCCAAAUGUUCAGGGGUUCCGUGAUCAUCUUCGUGGGUAUCCUCAGUGUGGCCUUCCUCAAUCGCGUGCUCAAGGGGCGCGAGUGGACGGGCAUUGUCUUUGUCAUCAUCGGUCUCGCCAUCGUCGGCGUGUCGGACUUCAUCGCCAACGACGGCGGAAUCGCGCAUUCCCGGAACAACGUCAUUACAGGUGAUUUGCUGAUCAUCCUGGCGCAGAUCAUCACGUCCGUCCAGAUGGUAUACGAGGAGCGCUUCGUGGCCGGCCUGGAUAUUCCGGCACUGCAGGCGGUCGGCUGGGAGGGAUUCUUCGGCUUCUCCGUGCUCGGCACAUUACUGAUCCCCUUCUACUACAUCCACGUGGGUCCGCCAUUCAACAACAAUGCACGCGGCACACUCGAGGACUUCGUUGACGCACUGAUCCAGAUUCGCAACAAUUGGCAGCUCGUGUUCGCCAUCGCCGGCACCGUGAUCUCCAUCGCCUUCUUCAACUUCGCCGGCAUCAGCGUGACAAAGGAGAUCUCCGCUACCACCAGGAUGGUGCUGGACUCCGUGCGCACGCUGGUAAUUUGGCUUGUGGCGCUGGCUGUGGGCUGGCAGCAAUUCCACGCGCUGCAAAUCCUGGGCUUUGGCGGGCUGCUGUUCGGCAUGUGCCUGUACAACAAUGUCUUCGUGCUGCAGUGCUGGUCGGCUGCGCGCGGCCUCUACAUGCGGCAGCGCCACGGAUAUCAGGAGGCGCAGGGCAUCAUCACGAUAAGGGCCGACGACCCACAAAUCGCGUAAAGCCGCGUUUUCCCCCACUCAUCAGCGCGCGUCCCGAUGUUCACGAGAGUCUCCACGAAAGGCUGUAAACCAUUUAAGGCGGAAAUAAACCUACUCCGGAUUUUA